AACGUAAGUUACGUAACUCUCCUUCAACUGUUCCACAGGCCAUGCCAUCGAUGAUGGAUAAUGGAAAUUCAAAUAGUGCCCCGGCGAAUCCCACGAACGACCGGAUCAUGCUUAACGUUGGUGGUACUCUCUUCGAGACCACCGUGUCAACGCUUGAAUCCGGUGGUUCAGACUCUCUACUGGCCUCUCUCGCGAACCGGCCAAGCCAUGAGUCCGAACCGGUUUUCAUAGACCGGGAUCCUGAGAUUUUCGCGGUUCUUCUCUCGCUUCUCCGGUCAAACCGCCUCCCCUCCACCGCCCGCCGCUUCUCCAAGCAAGAACUCAACGACGAAGCCCUAUAUUACGGCAUCGAGUCUCGUCUCCGCUCAGCGAUGUCACCGGCUCAACUCUCCGGUAUUGACGCCUCAAUCGUCGCCACCAUACGCCCAGCCGCGGAAGGAAUCUCUUCAGCCUUCACCGCUAUCGAUGAUGGUUCCGUUUGGAUCGCCCACGGUGGUCAAGUAUCGGUCUAUGACUGGAACCUUUCUCACGCUGGCACCUUUCGCACUCACCUCGAUAACAUCAUUUCAAUUUGUCGAGCCUGGCCGGAGGUUGCUGCCAUUGGAUCGGACUCCGAAGCUGGUCUUCACUUCUAUGACUUCUCCGGCGGGCGCCAUAUUGAUUCACUUCACUGGACCGACCCCUCCGAUCCGCGGAUUUACAAGGCCGAAGUCACUGCCAUCGCCAAUUCGCCUACUCUGGUCUUUGCCUCGUUUGCGUGUUCACAUAGGGAGAAUUGCAUCCUUGUGAUUGACAAUUCAACUCUCCAGAUAGCAACGGAACUAGGCAGGCAGUCCGGUAGCUCAGCGAAGAACAUGGCCCCCGGGAAGCUGACGUGGAUGCCGGAGACGGGGAUGCUGAUAGGCAGUGCGGUGAUGUGCGGGGCAUUCGGGUAUUCAGGUUACAUACGUAUCUGGGAUCCAAGGUCCGGGAUUGUGGUUUGGGAGACGAACGAACCAGGUUCUGGACGCAGCAGCAGGUUUGGAGACCCAUUGGCUGACGUGGACGUCGACAUUGAAGAGUCAGUUCUGUCUAAAAUUUGUUCGAAAUCUGGAGACCUGGCAAUGGCGGAUUUGCGUAAAUUAGGUGAUGAUCCGUGGGUAUAUGUGACGGAGAAGAACCCCAGUAUGAGAAACACGAGCAGUGGGGGAGGCAAUAGUGUGGUGCAUUGCUAUAGGAGUCAAGUUUUUGUGGGGAGAGAAGGUAGUUUAGAGGUCUGGUCAAGGGUUGAGGAUGGAAAGGAUGGUGAAUUAGAGAGAGUUUAUAGAAGAAACUUCGUGGAUAAGGUGAAGGAUUCAGAGAGAGGGUUGAUUAGGAAGAUUGAAGGUGGUGGAGAUAGGUUGUUUGUUAGUAGAGAUGAUGUUGAGGGGAUUGAGGUGUGGGAAAGUUCUUAUUUUUCUGGUGCAAUCUCAGUAUUGUGACACACUUCUGAUUUCUUUUUAUCUCUGUAAAGUUGAUUGUUCAAUAGUAUUGUUUACAUUUCGAUAUGUUAAUAUACUCGUAGCAAUUAAGAAUCAAA